AUGUCGCCUGCGUCGGAGACGAGCGAUGCGGCUCAAGGAUCGACCGCACAACAUGUCCUCGGUAUUCCACGCCCCCCUUCCGUUGGGGGCAUCUCGUCUCGAAUAACAGACAUGGCAUCAGAAGAUGGAGAGCAAUCCCAAGCAAAUACCGGAAUUUCGUCGCGUCCGCCUCAGUCGCAGCAACCUGUUACUAGACGAGGGCCCCCACCCGCGAGAAGUUCAAUCACCGCACACAGCCAGGUGAUAAGUAGACCAGGAAGCUCUGCUAGCAGAUUGAGUCGCAGUCAUAUUCCUUCACUCACUGCGCAAGGCUUUUUUCGACCAAUGUCCUCUCAGAGGCUUCAAGCGCAUCGAGGUCGGCCGGUCACCAAAGAAACGGCAACGUCGUCCGAGGAUUGGAAUGACCAGAUCGACCAAAAUAGGCGAAGCCUGGUCUCGAAUAGCACUUUUCCUCAGAGUUCCAUUCCACAGGAGGAGGCUCCUCCAUCGCGAGGUACCGAGUUCACGGAUCCCAUAAUUCCAGAUCGAAACACAUCGAACGCCAGUCCCAUCGGCAAUACGACGGCGAGAAGCUUGGGCGAGAGUGCAAAACUCUUGAACGAUCGGGACAGAGUGUAUAAAAUUGCGCCGCAACACCUCAACCUGGGAGUGAAUCAUAGCAUCGAAAACAACGAUCCUCCCCAACGAUCCCCCCUCUCGUUUCUGUCUCUACAAAACAGAAAUCCUGCACCAGAUCGCCGCGAUAGUCGGGCUCAUGAGCGACUGUCAUCUGCAGACUCAUCUCCUGGAUCCAUCCAGAAGCAACAUCACACAACAAGUAGAGCUAACCCGGGCAAGAAUUAUGAGUACUUCACCGGUAACACCCUGUUCUUCGGUGGCGGUCGGUUCCAGAAUUCUAGAGACAAGCCCAUCAACAUUGCAACUGGCAUCUUUGUGGUUCUGCCUUCCGCUUUGUUUUUCGCGUAUUCGGCUCCUUGGCUCUGGCAUCAUAUCUCACCUGCGAUCCCGAUAUUGUUUGCCUAUCUUUUUUACCUAUGCUUUUCCUCAUUCACACACGCCUCAGUCGUCGAUCCUGGGAUCAUUCCUCGAAAUCUUCAUCCAAUGCCACCGCCAGAGCCCUCAGGCGACCCAUUGAUGAUCGGACCGCCGACCAAUGACUGGGUGAUGGUGAAGCUGGCAACAUCUGAUGUUGCGGCAAUGGACGUUCCGGUGAAAUACUGCAAGACUUGCAACAUCUGGCGACCACCGCGCUGUUACCAUUGCCGCGUAUGUGACAAUUGCGUUGAAACUCUAGAUCAUCACUGCGUUUGGCUGAACAACUGCGUUGGUCGCCGUAACUAUCGGUACUUCUUUGCUUUCGUUAGUUCUGCGACACUCCUUGCCCUAUUCUUGCUUGGAGCCAGCCUUGCACACAUUCUGGUGUAUCGUGCUCGCGAAGGCGUUUCUUUCGGUUCCGCAAUUGACAAGUGGAGAGUCCCUUGGGCCAUGGUUAUAUAUGGAGCACUGGCAGCGCCUUACCCGGCCUCUUUAUGGGCAUAUCACCUCUUUUUGGUAGGGCGAGGCGAGACGACGAGGGAAUACCUGAACUCGCACAAGUUCGCCAAAGCAGACCGACAUCGUCCUUUUACUCAAGGGAACGUUUUCCGAAAUUGGAUUGCUGUGCUAGCGCGGCCCCGCCCUCCGACAUAUUUGCAGUUCAAAAGGCCUUAUCAAGAGGGUGAUCAGCGCUUGAGCGCUUUGAAACGAAAAGACCGGCCUCGAGAUGUUGAAGCUCAGGCGGAUAUCGAGAUGCAGCAUGUUCCUCCAACUGCACAGCAGGGCUAA